UAUUUGACGCAAAUGAAUGACAAGAUUCAUACCGCGACGCGGGAUCUGAGCGGUGGAAGAUGCACGUGGCAGUCAUGUGAUGGGAGUCCACGCCCUCCGAAAUAACCGCUCAGCUGACAGUGGGCCCCGCCUCGAUCUCAGCCUCGGCUAUUCCGCCUCACUCUUGUAGAUCGUAACGCACUCGUCAUUUUCCUACUUCUCCACUCUCACUCUUCAUUCUAUAUAUACACCUCCACAUUUGCUCUUCGCUUUCCUCCAACCCUACUCAACACUCUUCCUCUACUCUCCUCUUCUUUCUAAACAUCUCGCAUCCGGACUCAUGGCCAAAAUUAAGAUCGGAAUCAACGGAUUCGGAAGGAUCGGUCGUUUGGUGGCUAGAGUGGCUCUGCUCAGUGAUGAUGUUGAACUUGUCGCCGUUAACGAUCCAUUUAUUACCACCGAGUACAUGACCUACAUGUUCAAGUACGACAGUGUGCAUGGACAAUGGAAAAAGGACGAGCUUAAGGUUAAGGAUUCAAAGACGCUUCUCUUUGGUAACAAGCCAGUGACUGUGUUUGGCAUGAGGAACCCUGAGGAGAUUCCGUGGGGUGAGGCUGGAGCUGAGUACGUUGUGGAGUCUACAGGUGUUUUCACUGACCAGGACAAGGCUGCUGCACACUUGAAGGGAGGAGCCAAAAAAGUUGUAAUUUCUGCCCCAAGUAAAGAUGCCCCCAUGUUCGUUGUGGGUGUCAACGAGAAGGAGUACAAGAAAGACAUCAACAUUGUGUCUAAUGCUAGUUGCACUACCAACUGCCUUGCUCCUUUGGCUAAGGUCAUAAACGACAGGUUCGGUAUCGUUGAGGGGUUGAUGACUACUGUGCACUCUAUCACUGCUACCCAGAAGACUGUUGAUGGGCCUUCAAUGAAGGACUGGAGAGGUGGAAGAGCUGCUUCAUUCAACAUUAUCCCCAGCAGCACUGGAGCUGCAAAGGCUGUUGGAAAGGUGCUUCCUGCCCUAAAUGGAAAGCUUACCGGGAUGGCUUUCCGUGUCCCAACUGUUGAUGUUUCAGUCGUUGAUCUUACUGCAAGGCUCGCAAAGGCAGCUUCUUAUGAUGAAAUUAAAGCCGCAAUCAAGGAGGAAUCCGAAACUAACUUGAAGGGGAUCCUUGGUUACACAGAAGAUGAUGUUGUGUCUACCGACUUUGUCGGUGACUCCAGGUCUAGCAUUUUCGACGCUAAGGCUGGAAUCGCUCUUAACGGGAACUUUGUCAAGGUCGUUUCGUGGUAUGACAAUGAAUGGGGUUACAGCAACCGCGUGAUUGAUUUGAUCCGUCACAUGGCAUCUGUAGCUUGAUGGACUCAAAUGUGUUGCUGGAAAAGAGAGGGAUUUAAUUCUGCUUAAUUGGUUGGGUAGCUAAUAGGCAUAGCUAGGGCCAUUGAAUAAAAUGAGAGCUGAUCAUUAUAACUUGUGCGGAUCUUUUUUCUUUGUACGAGGGACAUGUAGAACAGAAUUUAUAUCUUGUUUUCAUCUUUUUCGGCAUGAAUUUCGUGUCCUACAUUUUACUCUA